AAGAUGACAAUUAUUCACACUUCCUGUAUGAGCUGUGGAUGGGGUGGAGAUGGAGAUGUAGUAUAAAUAUCCUGUCUGCUGUAGAGACAAACAACAGAACGAGUGACAAGCUGGUUAAAGCAGGACUAACUGUUCACUUGCAGCACGUCAAGUUUUCGGUUCAGUUUCUCUUGAACAGACAAGGACAAAAUCCAUCAUGCCUUUUGUAUACAACCCAUACAAAAACCUCUGCACCGUUGGCCGUUUCCCAGCCAUUAGACUGCAGGAAGACGGCUACAGAACAGCAGCAUGCUACAGACCGGUUCACACCAACCCUUGCGUUAACUCAUGCACUAUCCCUUAUCCUUACCCAUAUGUUAACGCUUGCAUUGACUCAUGCACUAUCCCUUAUGCGUACCCACACGUUAACCCUUGCACUACUCCAUGUGCUACUCCAUAUGCUACUCCAUAUGCUACUCAAUAUGCAACUCAGUAUGCUACUCCAUAUGCUACUCAGUAUGCAACUCAGUAUGCAACUCAGUAUGCAACUCAGUAUGCUACUCCAUAUGCUACUCCAUAUGCUACUCUACAUGGUACUCCAUAUGCUUCUCCAUAUGCUACUCCUUGUGCUACUUCAUACGUUAAUCCUUGCAGUUUUGACACUCAUUACCAUGAUUAUGAGAAAAGGGAAGUCGUCGUCAAGAAAUAUGCGGAUGACUGCACAAGCACGCAAGUCUGUGGAGUAGAGAAUGCUGUUCUCCGGGUGAGUAAAGUCGACCUUCUCAAAUGCAGGACUGGACUGAAUCGUCAGGAGCAUCACACACAUCGUUUCCUUGAUGAUCAUCUCAUCGUCCGGAGAGGACAGUGUUUCAACAUGUGGGUUGAUCUGUGCCGUCCUUUCAAUCCCAGUUGUGACAAGCUUCACCUGGAGCUCAAACUAGGUCAUAUCCCAUCCAUCCGGGACGGCACUUAUGUGAUCGUUCCAAUUGUGGAAGAAUUCAAGAGAGACUGCUGGGGGGCAAAGAUCAUUGAACGAAGCCAAAACCGAAUCCAACUGUGUGUGCACUCUGUUCCGACUGCUUGCGUUGGACGAUACCAACUCAGUGUCGUGACACACUGUCAAGGAGGCAGAUUCACUUUACCUUAUGCUCCUGAAAAUGACAUUUACAUGCUGUUCAACCCCUGGUGUAAAGAUGACUGUGUGUACCUGAGUGAUGAGGCGGAGAGAGCUGAGUAUGUGCUGAAUGACAUGGGCAGAAUCUACUAUGGAACUAAGCAGCAGAUUGGCUGCAAAACAUGGAACUUUGGUCAAUAUGAGAAGGGAAUCUUGUCUGCGUGUAUGUUUGUGUUGGAGAAGAGCUGUACACCUUGCUCAGGUUGGGGAAGCCCCAUCAACAUUUCCAGAGUGGUUUCUGACAUGGUUAUUGCUAACAAAAACUAUGGUGUGCUGGUGGGUAACUGGUCACACUACUAUGGAGAUGGAAUUGCUCCUACAUCCUGGUGCAGCAGCAGUGCCAUCCUGAAACAGUACUACAAAUGUGGAGGAAUAUCAGUCAGAUAUGGACAGAGCUUGGCCUUCGCUGGAGUCACCAACACAUUGUUGAGGUGUUUGGGUAUUCCUGCUCGUCCAGUUUCAAACUUCUGUUCUGCUCAUGACACUGAUGUUUAUUUGACAACUGAUGUCUACUUGGAUGAGGAAUUUCAGCUGAUCGAUCACAUGAACCGUGAUCCAAUCUGGAACUACCAUGUGUGGAAUGAGGCCUGGAUGAGUCGGUCAGAUCUACCAUCUGGUUUCGGAGGUUGGCAGGUGAUUGAUUCCACUCCUCAGCUGACCGGCCAGGGCUUCUUUCGCUGCGGCCCCACAUCUGUUGCUGCGAUCCGCAGCGGGCAGGUCUUCCUGAAGCAUGAUGUGCCCUUCCUUUUCGCUGAAGUGAACAAUGAUAAGGUUUACUGGCAGAGGAGAUGUGAUGGGACCUUUGGUGUUGUCCAUAUUGAGAAAGAUGUAGUAGGUCACUGCAUCAGUACCAAGGCUAUCGGCUCAGAUCAACGUGUAGACAUCACACACCUCUACAAACACCCAUUUGGUUCUUCUGAGAAGAGCACUGCUUUGGAAAUGGCCCUUCGUCAUGGCUUGAGAAGAUGCACAUACCCACUGCCCUGUGCUGAGGAUGUUGUCUGUGAAGUCAGCCUGAAAGAGGAUGGCCUAUGUGUGGGCAAGGACGCCGUGGUUUACAUCAAUCUAAAAAACAAAUGCAGCUCACCUCGUAGCGUCACCCUCUACAGCCAGGCUGCAGCCACAUACUACACCGGAGUCAGGAAGACCUUCCUGAAGAGAGACCAGAGAUGCAUCGAGCUCAAGGCCUCUGAAUGCAGACCUCUGGAAUGGUCCCUGAGUUAUGACGAGUAUAAGGAACACCUGGUGGAUCACACCUCACUGAUGCUCAACCUCUUUGGACACGUGGCUCAGACGAAGCAGGUUCUGGCCACCCAGUACAACUUCAGACUGCGCACACCAGAUCUUGUUAUCGCUCCUGUAUCUGAUGCUGUCUUGGGUCAAGAAGUGCCAGUCAAAAUCACUUUCCAGAAUCCACUGCCUUGUGUCCUGAAGAACUCUGUAUUCCGCUUCGUGGGACUUGGGCAGCAUGCCAGAGUUGUCAACUAUGGUGACAUUGCAGGGCAUUCCACAGUGUGCCUGACAGAGAAGUUUAUUCCCAUUUGUCACGGCCCACAGAAACUUCUGGCAUCAUUCGACUGUCCUCAGCUCACUCAGGUGCAUGGAUUCUCCAACAUUGUUGUCAAACAGCACUGUUAAACCAAUCAAAUAACCGAAACAGAAGAAACGUCAUGGCUCCAUUGAAUAGAAAGUGCUCACACUGAAUUGUUUUGCAGUGUUAGAUAACAGCUGUUAGUUUCUCUUAACUUACAAGUUGUAAACCUUAAACUUCUCAAAAUUCAUUUAAUCAUGAUGUAGGACAAUUGCACUAAUGCUUUAUGCAAGACAAUGUUGUCUUUUCAUUUUUCAGAUUUUUUAGUAGUCUUUUAGAAAUUGACAUUUAUGAGUUUGAAAGCUUAUAAAUGUAAUUCUGAAUAGUCAUUAACCAGUUUUUCCUCAUUUGAAAACUCAAGUAAUUGUAUCAUGGCGUUGGUUACUCUGUCCUGUGUAGCUUCAGCUUCAAAUAAUAAAAAAAAAUUAAAUAAAAAAUCCA